AUGUCGCAGAGUGGCUCUUCUAGGCAAGGGAGGAGGAUAGUCAUCCAGACGCCGUCUCAGAACACUUCUAGGGUGUCUCUCGCCAACGCCAGGACCGCCCCAGGAACAGCUCCAGGCACAGCACCCCAGACAUCUUCAACGCACGCCUCCAUUCUGAAGAGCAUCCGAGACCUCCACGAUAUACACGAUAUCCAUGAUAUCCAGAGCGUCCGGGACCUGAACCUAUCCCACCCGCGAACCCAGCAGGAUGCAGCUCCUCCACGGCCGGCAGAAGGGGCAGACGCCCUCUGGGACCAGAUGCAGAGUGCUCUCGCCGAAGUAGAGCUUGCAGCUACCGGAGGCAGCCGUAUGUUUGGCUCAUAUCACCCGGAAGUCGUGGAGAGUCUACGAGCCAAGCAGCUCGCGCUAGCUCAGGCAUGGAGCAGAACAGAGGGCGAGGAAGUGCCCAACAACAGCGGCAAUAACAACAAUAACUUGUCGAGUGGAAACACAGCUGUGAUGGAGAUAGAACAGAACAAACCGCGGGAAGUGCUGGACGAGAAGACCGAGAAGGAUAUUACGCACGCUCGAAAGCGGAGAGAAGCCAAUGACAGGUACUUUGAGCGAGUGAGCAAUGGUGUACUGGACGUCGUUGCGAAGCUGGAGGAUGUGGCAGAGACGAUGCGUGAGGUUGCGAGCAAAAGUAAGGAGAUUUGGGCUGACAGCGGGAGUAGACAGUUCCCCGUUGGUUCAACAACUGAGCAGAAAGCACCUGCUUAUGCAGAUGACUGA